CUAUAAGAACAGGAAUUAAGGAACGAAGAUUUAAGUAGUGGGAGGCGUUUUAAGCUCACGCCCACGCCUACUACACCCCUAGCCUGGACUCGUGUUUACAGAGAAAGGAAAAUAGAAAAGCAGAGAAAAAAACAGGCCUAUAAGAACAGGAAUUAGGGAACGGAAGAUUUAAGUAGUGGGAGGCGUUUUAAGCUCACACCCACGCCUACUGCACCAUUGGCCUGGACUCGUGUUUACAGAGAAAGGAAAAUAUACAAGAAAUAGAAGAGCAGAGAAAAAAACAGGCCUAUAAGAACAGAAGAAUUAAGGAACGAAGAUUUAAGUAGUGGGAGGCGUAUUAAGCUCACACCCACGCCUACUACAGUACUGGCCUGGACUCGUGAAUUCAGAGGAAGAAAAAUAUACAAGAAAUAGAAAAGCAGAAAAAAAACAAGAUUAUAAGAACAGGAAUUAAGGGACCAAGAUCUGUGUAGUGGGAGGCGUUUAAAGCUCACACCCACGCUUAGUCUGCACUCGUGUUUACCGUGAAGGAAAAACAAAUACAAGAAAGAAAAGCACGACCAUACGAGUGAAAAACUACAGAAUAGAACAAUUUAAGCACCAAGAUUUAAGUAGUGGGAGUCGUUGAAAGCUUACACCCACGCCUACCACUAGUCUAGCCUGGAUUCGUGUUCAUAGUGAGAGAAAAGGAAAUUCAGGAAACCGAAAACCAGGACCAUAGAAGUGAAAACCCAAAGAAAAUAACAACAGCACCGGAAAAGAAGCAUUAAGGGGAUAAAGACUUUAGUGGGUGUUAUUAUAAAGCCCACAACCACUUAUUUUAUUGGACUAGCCUGGUCUCUUGUGCCAGGGACUUAACACCACCAUGAACGGGCUAAGUAUACGAGAUAUCUGCUGUCUCUUCUGCUGGCCGCCCUGCCCCUCCAGCAUAGCGGCUAAGAUGGCCUUCAUCCCGCCAGAACCCACCUACUCCUUCACCCCUGACGAGACAGGCUCCCGCCACAGCCUGCACCUGACAGAGAAGGCCGAGUGGCAGUUCACAGACAAGGAGAAGGAGGCCAUUGAGGUUUUCUACACCCGUACGAACCGCGGGAACAAAAUUGCGUGUAUGUUCGUGCGCUGCUCACCGAACGCACGCUUCUGCAUCCUGUUCUCACAUGGCAAUGCGGCGGAUCUGGGACACAUGAGCAGCUUCUACCUCAGCCUGGGCACGCGGAUCAACUGCAACAUCUUCAGCUACGACUACUCCGGCUAUGGGGUCAGCGCCGGCAAGCCCUCCGAGAAGAACCUUUACUCGGACAUUGACGCUGCGUGGCAUGCCCUCAGGACGCGUUAUGGGAUUUCCCCGGAGAACAUCAUCCUGUACGGCCAGAGCAUCGGCACAGCGGCCACCAUCGACCUGGCCUCGCGCUAUGAGGUCGGGGCCGUGAUCCUACACUCCCCGCUCAUGUCGGGGAUCCGUGUCCUCUUCAACACCAAGCGCACCUGGUUCUUUGAUGCAUUCCCCAGCAUCGAGAAGGUCCCGAAGAUCACGUCCCCGGUGCUGGUGAUUCAUGGGACGGAGGACAACGUGGUGGACUUCUCCCACGGCCUGGCCAUCCACGAACGCUGCCCACGCGCCGUCGAGCCCCUAUGGGUGGAGGGCGCGGGACACAAUGACGUGGAGCUGUACAGUCAGUAUCUGGAGCGGCUGAAGCAGUUCGUCUCGGUGGAGCUGGUUAAUUGACGUCUUGGAGAGGCCCCCCCGCCAUCCAGCCAGGGGGGGCUCAACCACCACCCACCUCGCGCCUCCGCCACCUCCUCAAGCGGCCUGGGGGUGAGGGCCGGAGCAGGGGGAGGCCUAGGGGGUGUUGGGGGAGGCCUAGGGAGUGUCGGGGGAGGUCUCGGGGGCGUGGGGGGAGGCCUGGGGGGGGUAGGGGGAGGCCUGGGGGGCACGGGUCUGCUGGUGCGCUGCUGGAACACUGAUCUCGGGAUGAUCGCCACGGAGGGAAUGUUUGCCACGGAGGGCGCCAUGGCCUCCGAGGGGCGGCUGGCGGCGGCUCUGGCCACACCCUCCAGGGAGACCCCGCCGGGUGCCACUGCGGUCACCCCCGGCCACAUCUCCCCCGCCCCCACCCCAGUCUGCUCCCGAAGUCCCAACCGUCCCUCCCCAAAGGUGAUCCGGGCGUCCGCUCCCCCAUCUCCCUCCCUCUCUUGUGUCUCCCACCCCUUGGACCUGCCCCCCGCCCUCCCCCCUGAUGUGGCCGCCUCCACCGUCUCCCUCUCCACCUCCCUGCUCCACCACCACCACCACCACCAUCACCGCAGACACCACUCCCACUCCAGCUCCCCCGCGGAGAAGCUGCUGUGACCCAUGGAGUCCUUAGUCUAACCUAGGUAUUGCCCCGCCCCGAUGCCCCGCCCCACGCCCCACCCUGCCGACACAUCCUGCCCUGGUCCGCGUUGGGGUGCGUGUCCGGGGCUACUGUCAGUCGGGGAACUUUCGGGGUCAACAUGUAAACUUGAAAUGGGGUCGUGGGCAUCCUCCUCCCCUUCCCUCCACCUCCCUCCUUCCCUUCCUCUCCCUCCUCCUCUUCCUUCCUUUGGGCCUCCCCUCGCCUCUUCCAGACCGACAGUGAGGAAGUAAGAAGCGAAAAUGUGAAAAAAAAGAAAAAAAAGGACACAGACCAAGUGACGAUGAGAGGACAGACGUGCAAUGUAUCUCCAAAAAAAAAACAUAAAAAACCCCUCUGAUUCCUGUGAGCCGAGAACAGUCGUGGAAGUGAAACUGCGCGAGGAAACGGGAUUCAAAAAAAUAAAAAAAAUAUGUG